AUGAGCUGGAAAAAGACCGUCCUCUCCCCCGGCAACGGCACUGACAUGCCCGCCGUCGGCGCCAACGUCAAGAUCGACUACACCGGCUGGCUCAGAGACCCCAGCAACCCCGACCACGAGAAGGGAACCGAGUUCGACUCCUCCAAAGGCCGCGGUCCAUUGGCUACUCCCAUCGGCAGAGGUCGAGUUAUCAAGGGUUGGGACGAAGGUGUUUUGUCUAUGACUCUUGGCGAAGAGGCCAUUUUGACCAUUGACUCGAGCUACGCCUACGGCGACAGGGGCUUCCCAGGUGUCAUUCCUCCCAAGUCCGACUUGAUUUUCCAGGUCAAGUUGAUCGAGAUUAACGGCAAGCGAGCAUAA